AUGCAUUCCACAGAAAGAUCUGAGCAGCUAGACUGGGAUGCACGCUUGAAUAUCAUAAUGGGAGCAGCAAAAGGCCUGGCUUACUUGCAUCACGAUUGCUCACCUAGGAUCAUACACCGAGACAUAAAGUCAAGCAAUAUUUUGCUUGAUGGAAAUCUUGAGGCACGAGUAUCUGACUUUGGACUUGCCAAACUGUUGGAGGACGAAGAAUCUCACAUUACGACAAUUGUUGCUGGAACAUUUGGUUAUUUGGCUCCAGGGAAGGUGGGGAUGGUGCUUGGGAGGUGUGAUGUGAUGGCUGUUUUUGGUAGUUUGAGUGGAAAGAAGAAUGUAAGGAUAUUUGAGAGAGCAGUGGAUGAGGAGGUGGAUCAUUUGUGGGAUAGAAUUCGUGUUGGGAUUUCCUUUGGGCUGUGUCUUCAGAGUUAUACAGAUAGUUUUGUUCUGCUUUACAUGAGUGGUCUAGUUAGUUCAGUGGAGAACUUGUCCCUUUACUGUACUAGUAUAUGCAAAGUGGCAGAGCAACUGAGAAGACUGAUGUUUAUAGUUUUGGGGGUCCUGGUGCUUGAAGUGUUGAGCGGAAAACGACCCACAGAUGCAUCAUUCAUUGAGAAGGGCCUCAACAUUGUUGGCUGGUUAAAUUUUCUGGUCACAGAGAAUAGGCAAAGAGACAUUGUUGAUCCACAGUGCGAGGGGGUGCAAGCUGAAAGCCUUGAUGCCUUGCUCUCCGUUGCCAUUCAAUGUGUUUCUUCAACUUCCGAAGAUCGACCCUCCAUGCAUAGGGUGGUCCAGGUGCUUGAAUCUGAGGUCAUGACACCAUGCCCAAGUGACUUCUACGAUUCCAGCUCUGAUUAA